AUGAUUCUUAAACUAUUAAUACUGGUGUUGUGCCUGCAAAUCUACUCCGCCAGAGAAGCUAGUGAUAAUCUGGAGCAGCGUGCUCGGCUAGUGAGACAAUCUAACAAUAAUCUGCUACUCGAGGCAGCAAGGGAUCAGAAUGUCACCCUGCGAUUGAUGGGUGAAUCGGCCACCGUGACCGUAAAUGGGGUGGACAUGGUGUCGCUGCUCCGGCGGCGCCAAAAGAUCAUAGUCGAUCGCCAGGCGGCGGCUCGAAGGGAGCCCCUCUCAGUGGAGGUGGUCAAGGAUCAGUUUCGGGAUGUGGAGCGCAGAAUGGCGAGGAUACAGCGUCGGGUCUUCAAUGCCAGGAACUCCACGCGAAGGAGCGGACUCAAACAACGCACCCUGCGCCAGCAAUUACAGAAGGUGGAACGCGUCAGUGGAAUCCUGCGGACCCUCAGCGCAAAUCUGGCCAAGAACGAGUGCGAAUCCAAUCCUUGCCAGAACGGCGGAACCUGCCACGACGCCUACAAGGGAUUCCAGUGCGAGUGCUCUGCGGGUUGGCAAGGCGUCACAUGUGAGGAUGAUGUGAAUGAGUGCUUCACCUUGGCAGGAACGGAUUUGGCCGGAUGCCAGAACAAUGGUCAGUGCAUCAACACGCCCGGAAGCUAUCGUUGCAUUUGCCGGAAUGGCUUCUCGGGCACCCACUGUCGCCUCCGCCACAACACCUGCUGGGCCAGUGGAUCCCGGGAGCUCUGCGGCGAUCACGGCACCUGCCUCCAGGCGUCCAAUUCCGCCGGCUAUGUGUGCAUCUGCGAUCAGGGAUGGACGUGGGCCGAUCCCAAUGCCACGGCGGCGAGUCCAAGUGCCUGCACGCGGGACGUGGACGAGUGUGAGCCACGGGUGAAUCCCUGCCACGAUGUGUGCAUCAAUCUGCCGGGUAGCUUUCGCUGCGGACCCUGUCCACCUGGUUACACGGGCGACGGAAGGUUUUGCCAGGACAUAGACGAGUGUGCCGGCGAGGAUAAUGGCGGCUGUAGCCUGGAGCCCCGGGUGACCUGCACCAACACGGAGGGCUCCCAUCGCUGUGGCCGCUGCCCCAUCGGUUGGACCGGCGAUGGACGCACUUGCACUGCUCGCAAUUCGAACUCCUGCGACCAGGAGAAGAUCUGUCAUCCGCUGGCCAAGUGCGAGUACGUAUCCGACACGGUGGUCUGCACCUGUCCGCUGGGCAGCUAUGGUCAUGGUUACGGGGCAGAGGGAUGCACCUCGGAUUCCGGGAGGCUGCCCUGCGAUCAGCAUCCGUGCCAGAACAAUGGAACCUGUGUGCAGAACGGCAGGGGAACCACCUGCAUAUGCCAACCUGGCUACAUGGGUGCCCUUUGCAACUCUUCGGAUGCGUGUCAUCAUCCCAGUCCCUGUUUGAAUGGCGGAACCUGUCGCCUGUUGCCCGAGAACAAGUACCAGUGCGUUUGCCCACGCGGCUACACCGGCACCACCUGCUCCCAUCAGCGAUUCUUCUGUGGCAAUACCAUCCAUGGUCCUUCGGGCCAGUUGCACUACCCGCCCAGUGCGGCAGAUGGCGGCUAUCAGGCGGACGAACGCUGCCCCUUCAUCAUACGCACCACUGCCAAUAUGGUGCUGAACCUGACCUUCACCCAGUUCGAGCUGCAGGAUAGUGCCGACUGCUCCGCCGACUUUCUGCAACUGCAUGACGGUGGCUCCCUGUCCACGCGUCUAAUUGGACGCUUCUGUGGCUCCCGUUUGCCGGGGGGAAAUGGCACUGUGAUCACCACCCAGGAGCAGGUAUUCUUCUGGUUCCGAUCGGAUAACCAGACGCAGGGUAAGGGCUUCCAUGUCAUCUGGAACUCAAUGCCCUUUGCGUGCGGUGAAUCAAUCUACAUGAGAUUAUCGCAGACUGGCGUGGUGCGAUCUCCAGGAUAUCCUGGCAAAUCCCGGCCAGGACUCGACUGUCGCUGGCUGCUGACGGCGCCGUUUGGCAACCGACUGAUCCUUCGGUUCUACGACAUAUCGCUGGGCAGCACAGAAACAAAUUGCACCCAGGAUUCCCUGAUUGUCUACGAUUCAGAUCGCCAGCUGCUAAGGGCCUGCCAGUCCAUUCAACCCGCUCCCUUGUACAGUUCCUCGAAUAGCCUGCGCCUGGACUUCCACACGGACGCACUGCGUGCGGAUAGCUCCUUCCAAAUGCACUACGAGGUGGUGCCGGGCCAGCCGGGAUGCGGUGGAGUGUUCACCGAGUCGCGCGGCCACAUUCGUGGUUUCAUAGACGCCGAGGAGUGCCUCUAUCUGAUCGAACAGCCACGGGGAACACAAGUGAAGCUGGUGAUCAAUGAAGCAAAUCUUCGUAGUUGUCUGCUCCAAAAUAUUGAAAUUUAUGAUGGAAGAACAACCGAUUCGCCCCUCUUGCAACGCGUCUGUGGAAUUGUGAAUGACGGUGAACUGGAGCCCCUGAUAUCCACGGGAAAUGUGAUGCUAGUGCGCUAUCAAUACGCUUUAGCGGGCUUGGGAGCGGGAAUAAGCUAUGAUUGGAGUUACACAAGAGUGUGUUCCGGCAGCUUUGAUGGUUCCUCUGGAGUCAUUAGUACCCCAAAUUACCCGGGUCCCUAUCCCGAUGACAUGAUCUGCACGUACAAUUUGACUGGGCCGCUGGAUACGGUUGCUGAGAUUAAAGUCACAGACUUAUCUUUGGGCUCUGCCAAUAAUGCAAAUGAAACUACUUAUUUGGAUGUUUAUUUAUCACGCGAUGAAAGGCGGCAUAUUGUAAAGUCCACGGAUAACCUAGUUCUAAUGUCCCAUGUUAAUCGGGCAAGCUUGGUCUUCCGAGGAUCCGGUAGUGGCCGAGGAUUACGAUUGGAAUACAAGUUUUUGCCCAGCAAUUGCGGUGGAUUUCUUCAUGAGCCAGACAGGCGAUUCAUCAAACGCGUUUACUCGUCAUUCUGUCAGUUUUUUAUUGACGUUCCCGGAAGAAAACGAAUAAAUUUCCAUUCAAUAAAGUCCAUGAAUAAGCCCCCAUGGGAUAUUGUCAUAUAUGACAAUAGCACAAGUCCAGGAAUAUUGUUAAAUAGAUACUCGGAUGAGGUGCAUGAUGCUUUCGAUGGAGAUCUUUUGACCAUAAACUUAUUUAAGGAUAGCGGUUUCGGAAUGGCUAUGAUAAGCUUCGACAUUAUCGAGCAAGGUGAAUGUGGAGGAACAUUUACGGGACAUUUUGGCUACAUAAGGUCUCCAAACUGGCCAAAGAUAUACGGAGCAUCCGAGAAAUGUGAGUGGAUUAUAAGAGCCCCAUUUGGUCACCGCUUGGAAUUAGUGGUGCAUAACUUCACGCUGGAAGGUGGAUAUGGAACUAGCAAUUGUCUGGCCGACUGGCUGGAGAUAAGAAAUGGUGACUCGAAAUCCUCGCCGCUAAUUGGACGAUAUUGCGGGUCCGAAAUUCCCAGUAGGCUACCCUCGUUCGGAAAUGCCCUGCACCUUAGUUUCGAAUCAGAUACCAGCAUAGAGAAGAGCGGAUUCCUUUUGAACUGGCAGCAGAUCGGUGCCGGAUGCGGCGGAAAACUGAAUUCACCCACGGGCAGCAUACACUCGCCCCAUUUGUUGGAGGGAAAUCGUGGUGUUCUCGCCUGCGACUGGCAGAUUGCCGUCGCCGAGGGUUCCCGAGUGAAUCUGCAGCUUGAGAGCAGUGACGAGCGUCUCUGCAGUGGUCAACUGACCAUCUACGAUGGCCCCACCACCGCCAGCAGACCCAUGGUGAUGCGAUGCAAUGGUACGAGUGCCCAACCCUUGCAGUCCACCGGCAAUCGCAUCCUCGUCCGCUACGAUGUGAGUGAGGAAGAGGGAUUGCUCGACGGCACCGACUUUGUGCUGGACUACCAAACCGAUUGCCGAGUUCGAUUGGAAGGCCUGCAUGGUGCCAUUGAAACGCCCAAUUUCCCCGAGAACUAUCCAGCUAAUUUGAACUGCGAAUGGGAUAUUCGCGCUGGCGGACGGAAGAAUCAUCUGCAGCUCGUCUUGUCCCAUUUGUCCUUGGAAGGUUCCUCGUCGACCUGCAUUGAUUCUGUGAUCCUAAUCGACAUGCUGGACGAGCAAAAGCUCAGCGAGAAGCGUCUUUGCAACGAAGAUAAUUUAGCCAACAUCACCACUGCCGGCAAUCGGUUGCUCCUGCGAUUCAAAAGCGAUCCUUCAGUGCAGAGGCAGGGCUUCCGGGCGGAGUACAGGCGUAUGGGAUGUGGAGAGCAUUUCCAGGAUAUGGGCACCAACUUUGAGUCCCCGAAAGCGCCGUUCAGCGUGGACAUGGACUGCGUUUGGGUCAUCACCGCAUCGGAGGGCCAGCAAAUCCGUCUCAUCCUUCAUGAACUCCACUUUGAGGCGCCCCAAAUGGAUUGCAGCAAUGCGGAUUCUAGCCUCUCCCUAUCCGCACCCAGUGGUUUCAACUCCUCGGUGGUGCUGUACCGCAGUUGCCACGAGGAGACCCAGUCGCAAACCUUUCUCUCGCCCGGUAAUGAGCUCGAUGUCCACUUUGUAAGCAGCUCUGUUCCGUCGAGGAAGUACUUCAAGGCCAGCUACGUCCAGGUGCCGGCCAGCUGUGGAGGACACAUUGUCGCCAGCAAUGGUAUGAUAACAACUCCUGGCUUCCACAAUCUCCAAGACAGCAGCAACGUAGCAAAUUACUCAACAAAUGUCGAGUGCGUAUGGACUGUGCAGGUAACCAAUGGCUAUGGUAUUGGCUUGCGUUUCGACCAGUUCAACCUCACGGAUUCGACCAAUUGCUCGCUGAGCUCCGUGGAACUCACGAAGCUGGAGGCGGAGGGCAGUGAGCGACUCCUCGAGAGCGCCUGCGGGGAAGAUUCGCCCAUGAUCCGAAUAGUUCACGGACAACAGCUGCGAGUCCGGUUUAAAGCCCAAGCUGGAACCUGGGGUCGCUUCGCCAUGUACUUCGAGCGCCAGUGUGGUGGUCCGCUUUCCACCGGCGAGGGCUACUUGCAAUCCCGACUAGACGAGGACUGCAGCUGGCUGAUCUCCUCACCGGAGGGAAGCAAACUCAGCCUUAACAUCAAUCAGCUAGAGUGUCCUAAGUGUACUGCCGUCUCGAACAAUUGCUCCGAGGGACUUAAGCUGCUCAACGAUGAUGAUCAGGUGGUGCUAUAUCAAAUGUGCCGCGAUCAUCCGGCCAAUUUGAUUGUGCCCGCCAACAAUGUUCGCAUCCUGACCCAAGGAAUAAGGCUGCAGGCGCAGUACAGCACCUUUGAGAACUCCUGCGGUGGGAAAAUCACAUCCGCCCGCGGCAGCCUCAGUUCGCCCAACUAUCCGGACAGUUAUCCGGCCAACAUUGAGUGCGCCUGGACCAUCGAAACGCGUCCGGGAAAUGCUCUGGAAGUCACCUUCGAGGCCAUGGACAUUGUCCGCUCCGAGCACUGCAACGCGGACUUCCUGGAGCUGCGUUCUGGCGUCCAGGGUCAACUUCUGGGCCUCUACUGCGAUAACAAACUGCCGGAGAGUCCGUUGGUGGUGCGAUCUGAGCUUUGGAUUAAGUUCCGCAGCAGACCGGCCAACACAGCCGGGGGUUUCCGUUUGCGAUGGAACUACGUACACGAAAUUGAAGUUACAACGGCCACCAAUGGGACCAUCGAGCCUCCUCCACCGAUAUUCGUUAAAGGCGAGGAUCAGCCCUUUACCUGGCGCCUUUUCACCGAGCGGGGGAAUGUUUUGGUGUUGCAGUUUGAGGAAUAUAUUGCAGGCCUUUUACUCAUUAAUGGCUUUGAUGAAAGCGCUGUGGCGGUCGACAUAGCAGCCAGUCCAUGGACUUUUACCUCGAGCAGCAAUGUAGUAUUUUUAAAGACGGUUAAUGCGGAACUCAGUGAUUUCCGUGUGAAGUGGCACGUGCUCGACAGCCAAUUAGUUGUGGGUAACCUCAGCCUGACCUCCAGUGAUUGCACCAAAGAGCUGACAAUGCGCGAGUUAUCCAGCAUGGAAAUAACUUCGCCGGGAUAUCCACUAGGUUACGCAACCAAUUUGAAUUGCGAAUGGAUUAUAAAACCAGAGCAGCCCUCACAACAUAUCUACGCGUAUGGCUUUAAGGUGGAUCUGGAGGACUUUCCCAAUUGUGCAGCCGAUUACCUUCAAGUUCAGAGUUCUAGUGAUCUCAGUCACUGGACAAAUGAGAUGCGCACCUGCAAGAAAUCAUCGGCUGUGAUUGCUCCAGUCCACGGAACGCCAAAUCUGAGAAUCCAGUUCCACAGUGAUGUCUCCUUUAAUGGAACUGGAUUUUCGGCCAGACUUCGCACUCACUGUGGCUCCAAUAUGACGGGAAGUGUGGGCACAAUUUCCCCGAACAACCUAUUCUCCGAAUGCGCCUGGCACAUCGAUGUGGGACCAGGUCGGAAAAUAGACAUCACCGUCAAAUACAAUGGCCCACCGUCACCUGAAUGUAGUUCGUAUGGACUUAUCUACGAUGGAUUGGAUGAUCAUGCUCCUCUGCUAGAACACAGAAAGUUUAGCAACCAGCAGGAGUUCAGAAAGAGGCAAUUCCGGACGAAUAACUCGCAUGCGUACAUCAAAUACCAUAUCGGCAAUUCGAGGCUCCAGGAGCAAUGCCUUUGGACCCUCACGUACAGGGAGUUUAACGAGUGCAAUGGAGAGAUUCAGCUGACCCAGCAGGCUCCCAACUAUACGGUCAUGUCACCUGGUUAUCCCUAUUUGCCGCAUCCUCAUGCGGAAUGCACUUGGUUGGUCAUGGCGCCGGUGGGCGAGACCAUAGCGGCCAAUUUCGAGGAGCCAUUCGAGCUGAGCGCCCGGCACUGCGACCAGGAGAAUGUGGAGCUCUUCGAUGGCUCUACCCAGCUGUCCCGCUCCUUGAUCCGCACCUGCCACAAGCCACAGACAACGAUUCGCACUUCGGGCAACCUACUCCUCGUCCACUAUCAGACGCAGCUAAGCGAACCCAAUGGAGGUUUUCGGCUCAAUCUCUCGCUGAGCAAAUGUGGUGGGCAGUUCGGCGGUUACUCUGGGUUUAUCAGCUCGGAGAACUAUCCCAAUCUGGGUGGAUAUCCCAAGCCCUCGGUAUGCGAGUACAGCAUUCGCUUGCCUAAAGAUCAAUUCAUCCGGUUGAACAUCACGGACCUCCACCUGCCGUUCGAUUCGAAUGGAACCUCCUCCAAGGAAACCAGCGAUCGCCUGGAAAUCGUCGACUUUGCGGACCCCACUCAAGAGCUAUUAAUACUGGAUGGAAGUACGGUUACUCCGAAUCUCGUCACCCUGAACACCAAUGCGGCCAUCAUCCGAUUUGUGGCCAUCAAGAAUGUGAACAAAUACCGAGGCUUCAAGUUGAAGUAUCAGCGGGCCCUUGGAACGUGUUCGAGGGAUAUUAAUGGAGCUGACGGGGACAUCGUGAUCCCACCAAUGCCACCGACCACCUGGCUGAGAUUCUGUCGCUUAACCAUCAACGUGCCAAAGGGACAGAAGGUGCGUCUGAGUCUUCUAAACCUCGCUGAUAUUCGCGUUAUUAUUCGGAACGACACAGAGAGAACUAUAAGGGGACUCGCCCGUUUAAGAAGUAUGCCGCACUUCUCCUUUUACAACGACGCCAACUCCCUCUCCAAGAUCACCGAAUUCCGGAUCGAUGGGUACAACGGAAGUGGAAUAAUAGAGUCCACGGACAAUUUUAUGCUCGUUGUUGUGAUGACCAAUCAGUUGGAUUUCAGUGCCACCGCACUGAGAGCUCGUUACAGCUCCAGCGAAGCCUCAGUCUGUCCACCGAAUAUCGGGGAUCAGGCCUCGGGAUCCCUGUCCAUCCAAACUCUCCUCCAGCUGCCCAACUACCAUUGUACUAUCCACUUUACGAGCACUGCCAGUACAACGCUUACCUUCAAGGUCGAAGAGUACCUAUUCCAGACCAUCGGAGGUCCAGCUGUGGUGUUCCGGGAUGAUCUUUUUGGUAGUCCGGUCAAGGGGAUGUACGCAAAUGUCACGAAUAGUUUUGUAUCUCUGGCGACGACAGCUGGACGAGUGACACUACUGAAUAGCCAGAACGUCAAAUUGCGACGCUUCCGGGCCACAUAUCGUCGUCAUGAUUGCGGCGGACGACUGCAGGCAGCCGACGGAAUCACCAUCCAAUUCGCUAGCACUCCCAAUGAUGGUGAACUUGAGUGCCUCUGGAAUUUAGGCGACAGUAACGGCUAUGUCCUGGAGGGCAAUGUGACCCUAAGCGACCGAUGCGAUCGGGAGUACCUUGUGAUCUUCAGCGGACAAUUGGAGGUGAGUCGCAUUUGUCGGGGUAUGACGAUGAACAGCACUCUUCUGGAAAGACCAUACUCCAAGAUCAUCUACCAUUCGGAUGGGCCACUCCCUACGCGUAGUGAGUUUAUCCUGCAGGCUACGAGAUCCGUUUCCAGCGGCAAUGUAAUUCGCGUUAGCCAGCGACCAUCGCCAGCGGUGACCAUUGGGAGCUCGGAUUACCUGAAGAGCAAGGAGCGCAUUUGGGAGUUUGCGACCGAAGAUGGGCUAUCCCUAAAGCUGCACUUCCUGAAUAGAAUCUUCAUUGUGACCUCACCGAACUGCACGGACGAUCGAUUGACGGUGGAGCGUUUCGAUCGGAUGAGUGGAGCAUUUGUGGAAGUGACCAGUCUGUGUGGCAGGCCAGAACCCAAUGAUAUCCUGGUGCAAUCCUCCCGAAUGCGGGUGGUAUUCCGAACGAAUUCCAGCACCCCGGGCGAUGGAUUCAGCUUCCAGGUCUCCCCGAGCUGUGAUGCCGUCCUGCAGGCUGGGACAGAGAUCCAAACCCUGGCCAGUCCGGGAUGGGCGGCCAGCCGGUUGCAGUUCAACUGCAGCUACGUUAUCCUUGCCAGCGAAGAGCACCAAUUGGUGGCCAGUGUGAAGAGCAGAGGACGUCCCUGGGAGCCGUAUAUCUGCAGCAGAUCCUAUUUCGAGACCUAUCGUCGUGGCGACAGGGAGGCGAAGGAGGAGAAUCAUGGCCGCUUUUGUCCCGAGUUCGAGGUGACUGGUUACGGAAGAAUUCGUCUCAAUUAUCUUUCCCCAGUCUCACGUCUAUUUGAGCUGCAAUACCACCUAAUUUCUUGCGGUGGCAACUACAGCAAACCCUUCACCCUGCGACCCCCACAAGAUGAGGAGCCCGGAGGAGCCUAUGCCCACAAUUUGAAGUGCGAAUGGAGGGUUACCGCUCCGCCACAGCAUGCGAUUGUAAUAGAGUUCAAGUACUUUGAUAUGGAGAGCAGCAGGAAAUGUCAAUUCGACAGUCUGACCAUUUACCGCGGCAAGGUGGCCAGCGAGGAGCAGAGAACCGAACAACUAUGCGGCAAUUUGACCAAUCCUCGAGCCAUCAUGGUGAACAGCAAUGAGGCACUGAUUGCCCUCUCCACGGAUAGCUCCAAUAGUCACCGAGGAUUCCUGGCCACCGUACGCUUCACUCAAAAUUGUAAUGAGCGUGUGAACCUGGAUUUGGAACAGCCACGAUUGAACUUCAUGAGAUUAUACACCGUCAAUGUCAGCGAACCACUACUGUGCCAUUUCCAGGCCAGUGUUCCGCCGGAUUACCGCCUCUCGUUGGAGGUCAGAAAGCUGCAACUCAACGAUGUCACCUGUCGCACCUGCAGCUACUUGGAGAUCCUUGAUAGCGAUGCUGGUGAGGAGCAGAGUCUUGGAAAAUACUACGGAAAUACUGGAGCUGCGAACUUGAACCGAACCAAGGUGUUCAGUUCCUACUCGGAAUUGAGUUUCCAUCUGAGCGCCAGUACCAGGCGAUCGCAAAUGAACAUCAGCUUCGAGCUGAUCCUGAAAAUGGAACGCUCUAUUUGUGGUCAAACGGAGUACGAUUUGCGAUUGAAAGAGGAUAUCAGGCUGGGCCUCCAGCACGAUAAUACCACAAGGAACUACGAGGGAAAUAUUCAAUGUGUCUGGACAAUUAAGGCUGACGGAGAUGUGGAAUUAGACUUUCAGAAGCUUCGGCUCAAGGAAAUAUCCCAGCGAACUGGGGAAUGCGAGGAUUACCUAAAACUGUCCAAACCAUACUUCACUAGAUCUUUCUGCGGACAACACGACAAGAGUUUUAAGAUGAUUGAAUCAGUCGAUGUGUCCAACCUACAACUCACCUUCCACAGCGAAGUCCUCGAAGAAUCUCAAGGGUUUGAAGUUAUCAUAAGACCAAAGCCAAAUUGCAAUCGGACCUACACGGAACUGAGUGCGGUGAUAGAUGCCAGCUCUCUGAAUAACUGCACUGAAUAUAUCCGAGUGCCCAGUGGUUACAGCAUAACACUUUACAUAAUGUCCAUAUCGUUCGACAGUUUUGAUCAUAAUUACUUUAAUGUGACGGAUCUUAAGUCAAACAAGACUAUCUUCAGCACUUCGGAAAUGCGGUGGGAAACCGCAGCACGAAUUACGACUACCAACGAGCUGCGCCUUGAUAGCAGCGGGGUAUCCACCCUCAAAUUCUUCUACUUUUCCACCAGCAACGAUUUUCCCGGAGGCUGUGGAGGUGAUCUAGCAGUGGUUGGAUCGAUGGGAAGUUACCUGGAGAAUCCCUCCUACGAAGGUCGAAAUAGCUCAUUGUGCACCUGGAAUAUAUCCGUACCCCCUGGCGGAAAUCUGCAAUUUAGUUUCUCAGAAUUCAACAUGGGCUCGGAAACCAAUUGUGAUCUGGAUAAUGUGCAAUUUUUCGACAACGGUACUGCCGCUCGGACACUUUUGAAAACCAUCUGUGGAUCAAGCAUUCCUAAUGAUUUUACCUUUAACAACAACAAGAUUGUUAUAAUUGCGAAAAAGUCGCCUAAUUUCGAUGGAUUAGGGUUUAAGAUGGAUAUAAAGCAAACGGGUUAAAACAUCCAGAUUUCAUUCAACCAAAAUAGUAU